UGUCCUAAUCUGUGGGUGUGUUUUAUAGAGGGAAGAGUGUUGACCGGUUGAACGUCUAUAUGGUGACUGGUGAAUUAAAUUGCGAGGUCUGAACUCUGAGGACGGAGGAGUAGUGAUUUGGUCCGGAUUGUGAAGGUGGUGCACAAACGAUAUCCAUAGGUACUGCAAAACUUCGACGUGACCUACCUGCUCCGUCCAUAUUUCGGGCUUAGGUUUAUGGUUCGACAACGGGACCGAAAUUAAACCUGAAGUAUUUUGUAACUCUUACUUUCUUAGUAUUUUAAUCUUGUAUUUUUUUGCAAAAAUAGUAACAUUUUAAACAAGGAAAUAGAAACAAAAUAUAUUUAAAAAAAAUCCAAUCAAACUCAAACUUUUAUUUCAAACAAAACAUUGUAGUAUGUUCGAUUUAUAUAAAACGUUGUCUCGGCACUUAGCUAGUGCCUAAUUUCGGCUAGAAUCCAGUUGUGAUUGAAACAAUUUAAAAUGAGUAAUUGGGCGAGAAGGAUGCAUAGGCGAGCUGCUACGCUCAGUAAUGUAGUAACGUCUUGUGGCCAUCCCAAUUCUUUGCCCUAUCCAAGGAGAUUAGAAAAAGUUAAGUUUGGUGCCCCUCUCCAUGAGGUUUGCAAAGAAGACAUUCCUGGACCUUUACUUGUCCUAAUUCUAAAAUUAAAUAAGGAAGCACCUCUUCGCCGAGAUGUAUUUCGUGCUCCUGGUCACCAGGGAGCUAUGAAGAAGCUUAUUCAUUUUUUACAAACUGGACGACUAGUGAAUGUUGAUAACUACUCAGUAUACACUAUAGCUAGUGUCCUGAAGAAGUUUCUCAGGAAAAUACCUGGUGGAGUGUUUGGACGAGAAGGUGAAAUGCAGCUGUUUGCAGCUGUUGAGUUGCCCCAAGAACAACAGGUUGAUGCUAUACGAAGGUUACUUAUGUCGCUGCCAGUCUGCACGCAACGGCUUCUUGUUCUUCUGUUCGGCACAUUUCGCGUGAUGGCCUCAAAUGCUGAUAAAGCUGGUACGGGAAUGACGUCAGAGGCUCUCGGGGUAUCCGUGGCGCCAUCUUUCUUCCAUUCUUGCGUGUCAGAUGGCAAGACUGCGACAAUGGAGGAUGUGCAACGGUUCAAGGUGGCGACACGAAUAAUGCGACAACUAAUCGAACAGUUUAGUGCCGGCGAUCUUUUCGGGCGAGAUAACUAUGAAUACUAUGCCCGGGUUACUGGGAGAGUGUUGCGCGUUAAAGAUGAAUGGAUUUGCUCGUUUCGCGACCCGCCCCCACCCAGACAUCACCGAGAUCAGGAGGCUUAUGCAAGACAGUUAUCACUAGAGGCGGAAAAAACUUGGCUGCAAUGUGAAUGCGAUCGUUGGGGCAACAAAUACAACUUGGAAGGUUUAUCAAAGUCCGAAGAAUGCCAAUCGAUGCCUGCGUUAAUUGGCGUGGUCGGUACCGGUGGAGCGGGUACUCUGGGACUAGGAAUAAUUCCCGAACACAGUUUGUUGGAUUCCUGCACUCGUCUAUCCAUAUCACUUGAGGAAAGCGUGUUUAAGGUGUCCGUCAGUUCAUCAUCUCAGUCGUCGUGUAGCAACUCUAGCCCGCACAUGACAUUAGAAGAACUUCGAGCCAUAAACAAGUACGCUGAGAGCACUAAAAGUCUCUCCUACUUACCCCAGGUCCACGAGCGGCAACGUGCGCGUAUGCAAACCCGCUCGGAGUGGUUCCUGCAGCCCGCGGCAUCGCUGGACGCCCGACCGCGCCCCGGCGGCGAGCGUCGCGGUUCGCGGCGACGUUCGCGGCGCGCUCGCGUGUGCCGUGCGCUCACACACUCCGACACUGAAAUCCCGCUCGCUCUCCAACCUCGUAAAGUGACCGCCUGACCCGACGCCUGUCCGCGAUGCCACUGCACGCGUUAGCACCUCACACGGCUUAAGGAUUGUUUAAGUAUCAUGUAAGCAGGAUAUGGUCAUAUAAAAUACAUUGGGACAGGCUAUUUAAUGUUCAUAUUUCUUUAUUAGAUCGCAACUGUCAUUUGUUUAGAACUCCUUAAAAACUCAAGAAGGGUACUCCCCUCGGCCCUGCUUACAUUAUACUUGAUCUGUUCCUUAGCACCAAAUCAUCGCCUAACACGUUGGUGACUAUUGAAGCGAAAGACUCAUGUAGCGGCUGUCACCAGAUCUGUGGCAAGUCACAAUCGAAACACUGCAUUUUGUAUUUGUUUGAUGUAUGUCUAGGUUAAUGAUGUUUCUAGAUACAUUCAUAUAAGAAACGAAAAUAUAUGGGUAGCACGUGUUUAUAUUCAAACUAAUCACAUAAUUUGUAUUACGACCCAAAACACUACGAAUCAUCGUCAUGGAGUUUUCUAUGAUAAACUUUUAGAAUCAAAUAUAUUUGAGCUAAAUUUUUUUAUUGUUAUUUAGUCCUUAUAGAAAAUUAUUAGUAACAUAGUCGCUCUAUUAUAUUACUCUUAGACGUCUAUAGUACUUUAAUGAAUAUUUAUGUCACUAUUGUAAUCAUGUCAAUGCAAUGCAAACAAAAAGCUGAUAUAUCCUUAGCCAUAGAUUAAAGAAAAAGAACUGGCUUGAAGGAUUCAACAUACAACUUUUGUUCAAUGCACAUUGUGAUGGUUCGAGGAAAAAUUAAAUAAACAAUUAGUAAAUAAAUUAUUUUGAGUAUAUUAACGAAUUUUUAAGUGAUUUAUUUGAGAAGUAUUAUUUGAUAAUCUAUAAAAUUUGAUAUAAUUAACACUACAUACUUUUUGGACUAGAAAAUUUAUAUGAACGGAAGAAAGCUUUACAGAUGUGCCAUUGUUGACUAAAACUUUUAUGUUCCUUUACUUUAGGGAGUCUUAUCGAACAAAAACGUGAUUUGACAUAUUAAAAUAACAUUCCUGUAAAUAUUGGUAGUUAUAAAAUUAUUGUCCUAUGUACUGAUCGUAUAAUUAAAACGUAAGUGACACGAAGAAUUACGACUUAUAUGUACCAUGAAUUUAUAAAUAUUUUGUUUAUUUUCUAAUAUUAGCAUCGACAGGAGCAGUGUCGCUACCGUUUUGUGAGAUGUUAUAAAAUAGUUUUUAUAUUUCAGCAUUUCUCUCUACCUCGUACUAUAAUUUCCUUAUAAACCGUGGCUUGCUAUACAUCACAUAGUAUUAAUUAGUUAUGAAGCCACGUUAAGACUGAUUUCCUUUUCAUUAUUAUAGCAAGACACAAUCAGGUAUUAAAUGUCUAUUAAACAAUAGUACAAAUGCCAUCAAACAGUAUCGAAUUUAAAUUACGUCUUUAGAAGUUUUCUAAUAAAGGUUUACGCAUUGUUCUGUGGGUAGUUGCAAAAAAUCUUACGAUUACUUAUUCUUUCAUACACCUACGCAUGCACAGUGCAAAUGUUAAACAAGUUUGCUGACUUCUCCAGCGUUUUGUAUAGGUGCUAGAUGAUUGUGAAGUUUCUUAUGAUUAUUAUGUACUACUUAAAUUGUUAGGUUUAGAAUGUAUUGUAGUAUAUACGACAUUUGCCUGUUUCUACAUUUAUUUUGGCCAGUUUACAGGCUUAUUUGAUGGUACUUUUUCUCAAUGACGGCUAUUUUGUUACAUAAAAUAGCCGAGGGAAGAAAAAUCACAUCUAAAAAAUGGCUUCAAAGUUUGUUCGUAGAAAUCAAAUUGUAUGAACGUAGGAACGGGCCCUUGAUGCGAUGUCGAUUCUAGUGAAUCUUAUCUGUGUUAACUUCAAAUGAAUUGUGAACUGUACAAUCGAUCGCACAUUACCAUAAUUGUAUCUCAUAAUUGUAAUUUUAAGACUGCUAAUAAGCCAAUUCAUAUUAGUUUGGCUAGCGCUUAUCGGAUUAUGAAAAUCUUGAUGUUUUUGAAAUAAAGUUACGUUGUGAUUACAUUUUGUUAAUGGCAGCUCAAGUGUGUCUAUGGUUGUGGGAUACAUCUACUUACGUUUACCAAAGCCACGCUAUGGCGGUCCAUAGUGAAGUUUUAUAAACAGCUAUGUGCGAAGGAAACGUGUUCUUUAUUUUCCGUUGCGCCAAUCAAGCGUUAUGGUUUGUGGGAUGUAUUCUUUUCGUUAUCAAGCGUGGGUUCGGUGUACCGAUGAUUCUUUGAGCAUUUUCUAUAGUAUUAUAUACUAGUUAUUAAUGUUUAUUAGAGGCUCUCGCCAAUUCGAUGUUAUAUAUUCUAGAUUAUCUUGGAUUACGUCCAAGUUUGUGUUCAUCUGCUAGAUAUAGUCUAAUGGUACAUGGAAAUGCAAUUUUGCUUUUGCCAAAUUACAAUUUGUAUUUACGAAAUUUAUUUUUUAACUAUAUUUUUUGUCGAUUUUUCAAAUGCGUCCUAUUCGGAAAUUUAGCUUUUAAAUUACAAUUUGCGAGGCUAUGGUUUUUCGUCAGUAUCGAACACUGUAUUUAAAUUGAAUGAGCUAUGUCUAAUGUGAGCUAUGAGCAAUGGUCAGAUAAUUUUUUUUAAAUUUUAUAAAAAAAUCCUUUCGACUUUUCCUUAUACAGUUAUGAAUUAAAAAUGUUGUUUGGGCAUAUGCUACUCUCCUACCACGACAAGAAUAGCGGCAAAUGUUAGUAUUAAUUAUCUUAGUUGUUUAAACCAUAAAUUAAUGAAUUGUACACGCAAAAGUCAAUGUAGU